AGAAAAUCCGCAUCUAAAGAAAUAACUUACGCUACUGCUCUAGGGACAUUUAUAUUUUAGCGAUGGUCAAAACAGUUUGGAAUAGUUAGUUAGGAAAGUAAAAUAUCAAUAUCAAACAAAUCUUGUUGGAUUUUUGAAACUGCAUUCGCAUUCCUAAUGAAUACUUCUUGGAGUUAUAAACUUCGAGUAAGCACCAAGAUUUUGGACUCAGUGACAUCUCCUAAAAAUGUAACUCCUACUGCUGUGUCUAAGAUUCUUCUUUACGGCUCGAAUCAGCUAAAUGGACAAAUUCAUCUCAGACUACCGUUUAAAUCAUAUAGGAAACUGUUUCCUGACUCCUCCAAAGAUGACUUUCAUAACCUCUUAAAAGUUACAAACGAUAAUUACAUCACUGGAGCUGAACCGAGUAAUAAUUCCAACGAAGAUAAUAUCAUAUUUAAUUUGCACCAAAAUACAUUUUUGGAAGAUGUUUUACUAAAUAAAUCCAUUGACACUUCAAAAAUAGGUUUACCACAAGAAAAAAUAGUUAUAGAUUACAGCUCACCAAAUAUUGCCAAACCAUUUCACAUCGGUCAUUUACGCUCCACAAUCAUCGGCAAUUUCCUGGCCAAUCUGUACGAACACCUCGGAUGCAAAGUGACUCGGAUCAACUACCUUGGGGAUUGGGGAACACAGUUCGGUGUAUUACAAGUAGGUCUGCAACAGCUCAACAUAAGCAAUGCAGACCUGAAAAAGGAUCCGAUAAAACAACUCUACGAGGCUUACGUGACUGGGAGUCGUCAAUUAGAGUCUGACAACACAGCAGGACCUUUUGCCAGAAAAGUUUUUCACCAGCUGGAGUUUCAGCAAGAUUCUGUCAUGAUGGACCGAUGGAAAAUGAUCAAAACAGCUACUGUUGAGGAUUUGUCAAAGACGUACAGAAGACUCGGAGUGAAGUUUGACGAGUAUCAUUGGGAGUCUAUGUACAACGCGAAGGCCUUCACUCCGAUAAGAGAAGUUAUGGAAGCCAACUCGCUGUUGGAAGAGGAUGAAGAUGGGAAGAAAGUGAUGGAGUUGGCUGACGGAAGGAAAGUUCCGCUGGUGAAGAGUGAUGGAACUACGUUGUAUCUCACCAGAGACGUGACCGCAGCACUGGACCGAUGGGUGACAUUUGGCUUUGACAAGAUGUUGUACGUAGUUGACAACAGCCAGAACCAACACUUCUCAGCACUCAAGCAGGUUUUAAACAAGCUAGAAUAUGACUGGGCAGAUAAUGUUGAACAUGUCAAGUUUGGCAGGGUCAAGGGUAUGAGCUCACGCAAAGGUCAAGUUAUCUUCCUUGAGGAUAUCCUGGAUGAGGCCAAACUGAGGAUGGUAGAGAAACAACGGCAAUCUCCAACUACCAAAAACUCCUCUGAAGAAGUGUCUGACGUUCUCGGAGUGUCUGCAAUCAUUGUAAACGAUUUGAAGCAGCGGAGGAUGAAGGACUACAGUUUUGAUUGGGAUUCAGCGCUACAAAUGGACGGAGACUCAGGAGUGAAGCUGCAGUAUUCUCACUGUAGACUUUGCAGUUUAGAGCUGAACUGUGGUGUGAGCCUACCAGACCGAUGUGACUCUUCUGUGCUUAGUGAACCACAAGUUCAGGAGCUGGUCCUAGAAAUAGCAAGGUUUGAGGAAGCAGUUGAAAGAGCUCAUUCAAAAUUGGAGGCUUAUGAGAUCGUAACCUACCUCUUUAAACUGUGCAAUAAGACGAGUCAGGCGUUGAAGACGCUGAAUGUGAAGCACCAACCAGCAGCCGUCGCUGAGCAAAGAUUGUUGUUGUUUAGCCGAGUGAGAACAACGCUUAACUGUGGCAUGAAACUUCUGGGACUAAGACCUCUCACAGAGAUGUAGACUCUCGGAGCAAAGCAAAGUUGUGAAGCUGUCAGUAGUUUCAGUUCAUGUCGGAGCUAAGAGACCACUGGCCAUGUUGUGAGAAAAAUACUUUUCUACUGUUCCUGCAUUGGCUCAUAAAAUCAUUAAAUAAUAGCUUGUA